UAUUGCAUCACCACAGUGUACAUGCCAGAGCCCAGUUACACGCCUUUCGAAUGCAGGACGGGGAGGGUAUCAACUGUUCCUAUCAUGCCCGAUCACCUUUCCAUUUGCUUGUUCUGUUGCCCUAGCCACCAACUAGAUUUGGGCUCAGCCUCAACUUCGCAUCAUUCCGACCGAGACAGAAACGAUGAGCUUGAUUUAGCCUCCGAUGGGGAGGGUCAGCCAAGCCCCUGUACCUUCAUCCGACCAGUCCUCUUCCGAAUCAGACGCUACGAGUAG